AUGUUUAAAUCUUCAUUUUUAUUUCGUCAUUUAUCAUUACAAUCGAAACGUUAUAUUCAUUUAACAAAUCCAUCAUUAACAGCAGGACAAACACAAUAUCAUGGUCAACAAAAUUCAACGUGGUGGGAUAAAUAUGGUUCACAUGUGGAUCCAAUUCAAUCACGUGUAGAUUUAUUGAAUAUGGAUGAUUUAGAUGAACGACAUUUUCGUCCUGUUAAACCAGUUAUUCCAACUUAUCAAUCAUUUUCUUGUUUUCAUGAUCCAAUUGUAUCUCGUGUUAUAGGAAUUUUAUUACGUGAAGGUGAUCGUGAAUUAGUUGAAGAAUUGAUGCAUAAAACAUUUCGAACAAUUAAAUUAAUACAAAUUGGAAAAUGGACUCGAGCAAAAACAGAUGACGAACGUUCUUUAAUUGAAUGUAAUCCUGUUAAUUUACUUAAACAAGCAAUUAAAAAUGCAACACCUAUUGUUCGUCUUACUCGAAUUGCUAAAGGUGGUACUUUAUAUUCAGUACCUAUUCCAAUGUCACCAGUUCGUGGGACGUAUACAGCUAUUCGUUUAUUAAUUGAUAGUACACAUGAUGCUCGUCCACAUGAUCAACGAUUUUGGACAUUAUUUGCUAAAGAAAUAAUGGAUGCUGCGCAAAAUCAAGGGCGCACAAUAAAGAAAAAACAAGAAAUACAUCGAAAUGCGGAAUUAAAUCGCGCAUACGCACAUUUCAAAUGGCAAAAAUAA